AUGAUCUCCGCGCUGGCACAGUCCGCACCGCCCGCGCCAUCCCGCGGGACGACUCCAUCGCCCUGCCCGGCCGCGCCCCGGCGGAUGACCGCCCCGGAGCCCUGCGCCCGCGCCUGCCCGCCGGAGCACGGCCCCUGGGCCUGCAGGAGGGGGUUCCUUAUCUCAGCCGGCCUCCUGCUUGGGUCGAUCCCUACGUGGCCGGGGGUUGCUGCUGCCAUCGAGGAGUCGACAACGACGGGGAUUGAGGCGCCGGGAGAGGAAGGGGGAAGCGAGAGCGGGAGCGGCAGGGGUGAUGAUGCGGCCGCGACGGCGGAGGGCGAGGCGCCCGGGUUCAGCGCCGCACCGCUAGACUCGAUAGAGCUGUCAGUGGAGGCAGAGAAGCAGCUGAUGGAGGAGGAGGAGGAGCGCAACCGGCGGCGGAAGAAGAAGGGGCGAAUACGCGAGUUGGAAGAGACAAGAAGCGAGCUGGCUGAGAAGGAGCUCGUGUUGCUACAAAAGGAAAAGGAGUUGCUCGAGAAAAGUCAGACAUUGAUGGUCCUAAAAGAAGAGUUGGAGCUGGAGAGGAAGCUUCGGGCCCUGCUGACCUAUGAGAAGGAAAAGGCGGAGGAAGAGGCAGCCCUUGCCAUGGGCCUCUGCAGCGGAGCAAAUCUGUUGCCCUGA